AUGUCUCUGGUAGUCCACACUCUGCUUAUCAUCCUCUGCAAUGUUUGGUGCUUGAUCCAUGGAGCUUCUGUGGUUGUCCCAGACAUGGCUGUGAGAUGUGCUGAAGAAGCGCUGCUGCCCUGUACAGUUCUUCAUGACUCCUCAGUCACCUACCAGACAGUGUCCUGGUAUAAAAUGGAUGGAAAAGGUGAAGGAAUAUCAUGGAAAGUCCUGGAAGUGGAAUCUCAUUAUCCAAAAGAACUUGGAGGGUCUCUGGAGCUCUCCAACAACGCCACCUUUUCACUGAGGAUCAAAAAUGCAACCAGCCAGAACAGUGGGACAUAUAAGUGCAUUUUGGAGGAGCAGAGUGGAAAACACAAUCUGAGCAGCACUGUCACAUUAAAAGUAACAGGUUGCCCUGGAACAGAAGUUGAAAAAUUGAAAAAAUACAAAGCUGAACUUUUCAUGCUGACUUGCCUUGGAAUUUUUUAUUUACUGCUCAUCUUUUUUACCUGUACAUGUCUGAGAAAAGAGAACAUGUCUCCCAGUUAUCAAAAAAGCAGAUCAAGUAUGAAACACAUGAUCACUCUCAUCAAUGUACGUGAAAUGGCAACUUUCCGGGAUUUUAACAGUGACAACACUUGCAAAAAUGGACUGACUUUAAGUUCUGUCUAGGCUGGGCUCAUCAGUAAACACCACACAAGCUGGAUAGCUGAGUAGUGUGGAGAAGAAAUAAAUGAUAACAUAUGGACUCUUGAGAACAGUCUGGAAGUAUAGGCAACCUGACAGUGAUCUGCUUGCACUGGACAAAUAUUCAUAAAGCACUGUUACACACUACAGUCACUUUGGGGAAUUAGCAUGCUAAGAAAUACCACUACAGCUACACAGUGGUGUUACGAUGAUGUUGUGAAACUUGAUUUCACUCUGCCGUGCAGCCCUUUUGUUCUCAGCAAGAAUACUCCUGUGAUACGAAGACCAGGUGAUGAAGAGGCUAUGGCAGUGCAAAGCUGGGUAAUUAACUCUUUGCUGAACUAAUAGGGCUCAUUUUUCAAUAGCAAACACAAUCAGUGAUGCAGUAUGGAAAGAAAAGUGUGCGGGGCUGUCUCUGCUCUGAGCCUGGAUGGAGUUCUUUUACUGCAAGUGGGAUGUAACUUGUCAUGUGAUGUUCAAGUAAGCUCUUGUCUAGCAUUCACUUUUAAAUCUCAGAGUGACAGAUGGGCUUUAACCUAAGAUGAGUGAAAAUAUUU